CUCGUGGAAGGGAGGCGGAGGAAUGUGGAAGGUGACGGCGCGCAGGCUGACAGGCGGUUUCUCGAGCGGGCUGCGGCGGCGGUCCGAGCGCCACUCCUUUGCCAGGGUCGCGCGCCUUCCCCUCGCCGUGCCCGGGGCCCGCGCGGGAUUGUGCGUCCUCCCGCCUCGUCCCUGAAGGGAAGGAACCGAGGUGGCGGCGACAGCAACAGCAGCGGCGCCCGGGAGCCGGAGCCUUCGCGGCGCCCCUGUCCCUCCCCCGCCGCACCCCGCCCGGGCGCGAGAGGAGAGCGCGAGAGCCCAAGCCGCGGGCGGGCGGCGAAGAUGGCAGAGGCAGCGGCUUCCCCAGUCCCGGUCUCUCCUCUCGAAGUGGAGGUGGACCCGGAGUUCGAGCCUCAAAGCCGUCCGCGCUCUUGUACGUGGCCCCUGCAGAGGCCGGAGCUCCAGGCUAGCCCGGCCAAGCCCUCAGGGGAGACAGCCGCCGACUCCAUGAUCCCCGAAGAGGAGGAUGAUGAAGACGACGAGGACAGCGGCGGCCGGGCCAGCUCAGCCAUGGCGAUCGGGGGUGGCGGGAGCUGCACUCUAGGCUCUGGACUGCUCCUGGACGACUCAGCCCGGCUGCUGGCUCCCGGAGGGCAGGACCUCGGGUCUGGGCCAGCACCCACGGUGGGCGUGCUGAGCGGGGGAACGCAGACGCCACUGCAGCCUCAGCAGCCUCUACCGCCUGCGCAGCCCGGGGCAGCUGGGAGCUCUGGGCAGCCGAGGAAAUGCUCUUCUCGACGGAACGCCUGGGGGAACCUGUCCUACGCCGACCUGAUCACCCGCGCCAUUGAGAGCUCUCCGGACAAACGGCUUACUCUGUCCCAGAUCUACGAAUGGAUGGUGCGUUGUGUGCCCUACUUCAAAGAUAAGGGCGACAGCAACAGCUCUGCGGGCUGGAAGAACUCUAUCCGGCAUAACCUGUCACUGCAUAGUCGAUUCAUGAGGGUCCAGAACGAGGGCACUGGCAAGAGCUCGUGGUGGAUCAUCAAUCCUGAUGGGGGCAAGAGUGGCAAGGCCCCGCGGCGGCGGGCCGUCUCCAUGGACAACAGCAACAAGUACACCAAGAGCCGAGGCCGAGCGGCCAAGAAGAAGGCAGCUUUGCAGACUGCCCCGGAGUCUGCAGAUGACAGCCCUUCCCAGCUCUCUAAGUGGCCUGGCAGCCCCACCUCACGCAGCAGCGAUGAGCUAGAUGCAUGGACAGACUUCCGUUCACGCACCAAUUCCAAUGCCAGCACGGUGAGCGGCCGCCUGUCACCUAUCUUGGCAAGCACAGAGCUGGAUGAUGUCCAGGACGAUGAAGCACCACUCUCCCCCAUGCUCUACAGCAGCUCAGCCAGCUUGUCACCCUCUGUAAGCAAGCCAUGCACCGUGGAGCUGCCACGGCUCACUGACAUGGCGGGCACCAUGAAUCUGAAUGACGGGCUAGCUGACAACCUCAUGGAUGACCUACUGGAUAACAUCACCCUUCAGUCAUCCCAGCCCUCACCCACUGGGGGGCUCAUGCAGCGCAGCUCUAGCUUCCCCUAUACCACAAAGGGGUCUGGCCUAGGCUCUCCAACCAACUCCUUUAACAGCACAGUGUUUGGACCCUCGUCGCUGAACUCCUUGCGCCAGUCUCCCAUGCAGACCAUCCAAGAGAACAAGCCAGCCACCUUUUCUUCCAUGUCACACUAUGGCAACCAGACACUCCAAGACCUGCUCACUUCUGACUCGCUCAGCCACAGCGACGUCAUGAUGACCCAGUCAGAUCCCUUGAUGUCCCAGGCCAGCACUGCUGUGUCUGCCCAGAACUCCCGCCGGAAUGUGAUGCUUCGCAGUGACCCAAUGAUGUCCUUUGCUGCCCAGCCUAACCAGGGGAGUUUGGUCAAUCAGAACUUGCUCCACCACCAGCACCAAACCCAGGGCGCUCUAGGUGGCAGCCGUGCCUUGUCGAAUUCUGUCAGCAACAUGGGCUUGAGUGACUCCAGCAGCCUCGGGUCAGCCAAACACCAGCAGCAGUCUCCUGUCAGCCAGUCUAUGCAAACCCUCUCAGACUCUCUCUCAGGCUCUUCCUUGUACUCAGCUAGUGCAAACCUUCCUGUCAUGGGCCAUGAGAAGUUCCCCAGCGACUUGGACCUGGACAUGUUCAAUGGGAGCUUGGAAUGUGACAUGGAAUCCAUUAUCCGAAGUGAACUCAUGGAUGCAGAUGGGUUGGAUUUUAACUUUGAUUCCCUCAUCUCCACACAGAAUGUUGUUGGUUUGAACGUGGGGAACUUCACAGGUGCUAAGCAGGCCUCAUCUCAGAGCUGGGUGCCAGGCUGAAGAAUCACUGAGGAAAGGGGAAGUGGGCAAAGCAGACCCUCAAACUGACACAAGACCUACAGAGAAAACCCUUUGCCAAAUCUGCUCUCAGCAAGUAGACAGUGAUACCGUUUACAGCUUAACACCUUGUGAAUCCGCGCCAUGUUCCUAACCCAGCAGAGACUGUUAUCGGCCCCUUGCCCUGGGUGAAGCACUUGCCCUUGGAACAGAACUUUAUAAAGUAUGCAAAUCUUCCUUGUCUGAGGUGGUGAGCCACCUGCCACGGAGGACGGCACCCCAGCAGCACCACCCACUCUCGUUCAGAGCACACCGGGAGCCCCAAUUGCCGAUUCUGUGGUGUUUUAAUAUCUCAGUGGUUUGUGGGAUGUUCUAGAUGUUGUUUUUCUGUUUUCCUUUGACCUUCUGAGUUUUUCACAUGCAUUAACUUGCAGUAUUUUUCUGUUAAAAUGUUAACCAUCCUUCUCCUGGCAAAUUUAAAAAUAAGGAAAAUGUACCAUUUACCAUUCUGACUGUGGGCAUCACAAGCUUUUGAGCCCACAGGACUCCAUAACUAACAUAUUACAUAAACUAUAGGGGGAUUUUCUUUCUUUUGUUUGGUAGAAGACUAUCCUUUUCUAAAAACUGAGCAAUGGCACAAUUGUUUGCAGUGCGCACAUCCAUCCAGGACUGAACCACACAUAGGCGAGAGGAGAGGAGCGCAGCGUCCGGCCCAGCCGGCAUGUUCCCAGUUCUGAGUCAGGUGGUCUGAGGCUGAGCCCUCAGGGCCUGCCCUGCAGUGGCUGGGGCUUCAGGGCUGUAGUCAUAUGCGGUGUUCUCGGCUAACGUGGUGGACAGUAUUGGCCUGUUGGCUAGAAAAUAGGGUCUUUUCAGGCAAGAAAUCAGCUCAGCUAUCCACUCAAUUGCCAAAUGCCACUAAAGAAUUUAUUUUUGAGGAAAAAAAAAAAGGAAAAAAAAGUGUCCUGUUUUGCUUUACAGAAGUAGUGAGUGUUAAACUUGCAGUGAGAUUUGUAAAAUGGACAAACCAAGGCAAUGCUGAGGCAGGUCUAGCUUUACUGUUUUUGAAAUAUACAUCCUUGACUAUUUUCAGCCUUGCUGUGUAUAAGCUGAUCUAGAAGAACAGGAGUGAAAGGCAAUAGCAUACAAAUUGAUUUUUUGUAUAAGCCUGGGUUACAAUUGUACAAGUGACACAGUAGAAGUACAAGAUAAGGUAGUUUGAACCUUUUAUUUUUUCCCCCUUUUUUUUAACUUUCUGCUUCUGUGGAUUUCGUUUUGUUUUGUUUUCAAAAAGUUAUGGUGCUGUAUAGGUGCUUUCUGUUUAACUUGGGAAGUAUGAUGACCUUUGUUACCCUCCUCGAUAGCCAGAACAGUGGGGGACACCUUUGGUACAGACAAAACUGGUGUAAUGCUACUCUAAUUAGCACAGCGUACACAUGUCUCCAAAAUGAAAUAUGAAGACUUUUCUUUGCAUAAAAAGCAUUAGGCAUAUACGUGCAUGUUUCAUCAUGUACAGUACUUACGCGGAACCGUGUGCAUGGGUCUUAGGAACACAGACUAGGGUUUCAGCGCAGACAUCCCUGCUUGAUCCUGCUGAUGCUUGCGCUGUGGCAGCAGACGCCAACACAGAUGUGCCACCUGGUCCCCGGCACCCCCGCUGGCCACCACAGCCCCCUUGUGCGCCUUUGCUUUUUAACACCUUCGGGAGUGAUGCUGGUGGUGAUCACAGCUCCUGGCGUGAUGAAAGUUCCAUUUGGUAUUGUCGGACAUCGCUCCUGCCUCACUUGGAUCAUCACUUUCGAGCGAGGGCCCUGUUGAUUUCACCCUGCCUUUUACUGAAUCUGUAAAUUGUUGUGCAACUGUGGUUAUUGUAGACCUAUAGCAUAUCACCUUUUCUAACCUGCUACACAUUUAUAAUCUUCAUUUUAAAAGUAUGUAUGAUUUUUUAAAAUACGUAUUCAUGUGGUCUGCUUGACAGUGAGCCAGACUUGCUUACUAUAUUCCUUUAUAAUAAUGCUAGCCACUUCCUUAAUUCUUCAGUAGUCUGUUGUAUUCAAGAACUGUCCAGAAUGAGCAGGAGGGCUCCUCUCUGGCUUCCUGAGUGGUGCUGCCUGGGUGGAUGAUGCAUUCCAGAGGUAGUGACAGCCGCUUGGGGGAGCAGGGAGCAGGGUGGUGGACGGGUCAAAGUCCAGGAGAAUCCCAAGUGCUUCCAGUGUACGGACCCCGAGACUGCUCUCCUGAGUUCAAACAAGCAAACUAACUCACAAACUAGCUACUUGUCUAUGCAGUUUUACAGACUGUCGGCCAGAGCUGCUCGGGCAGGAAAGGCAGCAAGAAAGGCAGCCUUCCAAUGCGUUCCAGCUUUAAAAUGUUGACUUCCUUUCAGAAACGUGACAUCUUUAUUUUCUUCUUUUUCAGUGUUUGUUGGGUUUUAGGCACAAUGUCUUACAAAAUGUUCUAGAAUCAUGUUGUAAUUUAAUCUGAAACAGCUGAAAGAGAGGGUUAUGAGGACAAGCCAACCACAGAAUAGACUGAGAAAAUUUGGAAGGGAUACUCUGAUUAUUUUUCUUUUAUAAAUAAUUCAAAUAGCAUUUACAUACACAGUGUUCUGGAGAUCUGAGCCCAGGGCCACACCAGGUGCAACAGCAUCGUAGAGAGACCUAUCAGGCCUAGGAGAAGGUUGGGCAAGAAUCAAAUAACAAGGCCUGUGCAGAGUCCCCACAUCCCUGCCUGGCUUCCUGCCACUAGAGAGACCAGCCUCCCUUAGACAAGCCAGGUUCCAAGGCCCUGGAUUAGGCAGACAUGCAGAACCCUGUUUUCUGGAUAGGUAAACUGGUGGCUACUAGAUUGCCCCUGAAAGUCUAGUAUCCCUAAUAAUGUUCUGAGCUGGAGCCUCUCAGUGGAUUACUUAGCAGCCUCAGGCCCUCAACAGUAAGGUUUGGGUCCUGAUAAGAACCUGCAGAACUCGCCUCACCUCUUAGCAAGCUGCUCCAGCCGCCUGCUUUGAGAUAAGGAAGCUGAGACCGAGGGUUGAGAGUAUGUCUCGCAGUCUGAGGUGCUGGGAGGCUCAAGAUCCUGAUAUCUACACCAAAGCUCGGAAAGCCUUCACUGUCCUGGUGUGAGGACUGGCCCCCCGGGCACAGUAUACGCCAUUAACUGUGAAUGCAUCUGGUUUCUUUUAUUGCAUCCUCUGCAACAUAAUGGAUGCUGAUGUACAUUUAAAAAAAUUAUUUUCACAAGUUUGAUUCUCCUCAUGAGAGGAUCACACACACACACGUGUAAGGUGUACUGUGCUUUCUGGUAUUUUCUAGCAUCCUGUGUGUUACUUCCUCACUCUGAGGGAGGAGGGAGGAGAUCAUGGCUCACUACUCAGGACAGGUGUGCCCCAUCUCAGGGCGUGACUUCAGGUGGCUUCCAAGCUUGUACAGAGCUUAAGGAUUAUAGGGACAGACUUUGCCCCUAUGUAAUAAAUAUAUAAUCCACUUAAAUAAUAAAGGACACUUGAAUUGUUUGGGAAAGUCCAUGAAGAGUAAAGUAGGUUAAAAAAGAAAAAAAAAAAAAAAAAAAAAGGUACUCUGAUCCUCUUGCUGGUGCCAAGGGCUGAGGAGGUGGGGAAUGUAUUACCUUUUCUCCCCCAAAGCAAAAAGAAAACCUUGACAGCUCUGAACUCUUGAUUUUUCUUUUUCUUUAUAUAUUUGGAUAGCAUCAUAUGAUUCAGCAUAAUAAAUUCUUAAGAGAAGCAAAACUUUCUAUAGAAAUGCAAUCACUACUGAAGAGGUACAAAAUAACCCAGCCCCUCCUGGAGCCUGGUAGGGGCAGGGCGUGAGAGGAGAAUCAGCUCCUGCAGAAUUGGGCCUGGCAAACAAGAUCUGAAUGUAGAAGCCCAAGCAGCUAAAGAGAGUGUCGUAUUUGAUCACUAUCUUAAGUAGGUAACAUUUUAUGCAGGUUGGAUGAAUAGUUUCCUCUUGUUCAUUUUUAUUUGUAUGUAUUUUCCUUUGAAGAAUGAUUAUGAGCCCUCUGCCACACUCCAGAGAUAUUUGUGCAACUGCUUUGAAAAAACUCUCUCAUUUCUCAAAAAUUGUCUCAUUGCCUGGCAAUCAGUCUUCUUUUGUAUACUUGUCCUAGCGCAUUAUAUACAGGGGAAAUGUAAACAGAUGUGAAGGAGCACCAGAAAAAUUAGUAAGUACUAAAAAAAUUGUAUUGUGCAUUUUGGCUUCACAUGUUUAACUUUUUUUAAGAAAAAAGUUGCAUGAAUGGGGAAAAAUCUGUAUACAGUAUCUGUAAAACUGUAUUAUCUGUUCAGUUUCUUGCUCACAACUCAUACAAACUAGAAUUCAAUAUGGUGCAUGGCCAUAUUCAAACACCUAAGAGUCCAGCAGUUCACCCCUUGGUUUGAAGCACCUCAUCCUUUCUUUCAAAGCGAACACUAUCACAUUGCAUUCUUACCUUGGAUUUUGUCUAAUCAUAUGUUGACGUGAAUUAACUCUGCCGCCUUUCUUAAGGAUCAAAACCAAUUUGGGAAUCUUCCCCUUUUCAAAUGAAAUGAAGAUGCAGUACUUAACUUUCCUUGAUGUUUGUAGAUAUUGCCUUGUGUAUUCCAUUUAAAACCGUAAUCUAGUUUGUAAAAGAGAUGGUGACGCAUGUAAAUAAAGCAUCAAUGACA